CUGAACAAAAUGAAUUUCAUUACAAGGCUUUCUGCUUUCUGUCUGAAGAAAAGCAAGGUACAUCGGAGACACCAAAGUAGUAGACGACCAGCUGUUCCCCUUGGAUCACGAAUUUUAACUGAUCCUUCUAAGGUUUUUGAGCAUAACAUGUGGGACCACAUGCAGUGGUCACAAGAGGAAGAGGAGAAAGCCAAGAAAAAAGCAGCAGAGAACUCACUCGUGAAAGUCCAAUGGGAAGACCAAGAUAAAUAUGAGAGAGAAGCCAGUAAAUAUUGGAAUGAAUUUUACAAGACUCAUAAAAAUAACUUUUUCAAGGAUCGCAAUUGGCUGUUUCUGGAGUUCCCAGAAAUUCUUCCAGAAAAAAGGAGAGAAGAGUUGAAAACAGAAGAAAGAUCUUUCAAACACACAAAAAUAAAUAGUACCAACUGUUUUUCCCAAGAAAAUGAAAUGUUUGAGGAAGGAGAAAAAUAUUGGAAGAAAAGUUAUGGAGGUGGUUCUACAUCUGUACAGGGAUACAUAUGUAAAACCCAAGCAAAAUCUCUUACUGACAAUCCUCAGGGCAAAAACUGUGGAGAAGAAUUUGGCAGGCUAGAAUCCUUCCCUGGCAGUGAUGCCACUUACAGAAUAUUAGAGGUUGGUUGUGGUGCUGGAAACAGUGUCUUUCCUAUUUUGAAAGUUCUGUGCAAUACACCUGGAACCUUUCUGUACUGUUGUGAUUUUGCUUCAGGAGCGGUGGAGCUGGUAAAGUCACAUUCGUCCUACAAUUCAGCCUGGUGUUCUGCCUUUGUUCAUGAUGUGUGUGAUGAUGCUUUACCCUAUCCUUUUCCAGAUGAGAUCCUGGAUGUCAUUCUCCUUGUCUUUGUGCUCUCUGCUAUUCAUCCUGACAGGAUGCAAGGGGUUGUAAAUAGGUUGGCUAAACUACUGAAACCUGGAGGAAUGUUGUUAUUUCGAGACUAUGGAAGAUACGAUACAGCUCAACUUCGUUUUAAAAAAGGUCGUUGCUUGUCAGAAAAUUUUUAUGUACGAGGAGAUGGAACGAGGGUGUAUUUCUUUACCAAAGAUGAAGUAUGGAACAUGUUCAACUUGGCUGGGUUAACUGAAGUACAGAAUUUAGUUGAUCGGCGAUUACAAGUAAAUAGGAAGAAAAAAGUGAAAAUGCAGCGAGUUUGGAUACAAAGCAAGUUCCAAAAACCACUGUUGCUAUCUGAAGAAUCCUGA